AUGGCUACGCAGCUUAAAGAACACAUCGCCGAGUCGCUACUCAAGCGCGCUCACUCUCCCGGCACUGCAAACACGAUAUUCAAGGAGAAAGUAAAGCAACGACCACUGCUCCUCAGGCCAACGUCACCAGAUCCCACUGCAAACGCGCGGUCGAAGCGUCAGUACGAGAGGCUACAGAAGGCGGAGAAAGCUCGCAAGUCAAAUAAGCCGAAGCCUCUGUCGGCGAAGCAGAAGCGUGCAUUGUGCGUCUACGAGAUCCCCAAGAAGCAGCGAAAGUAUGCGAUCUACGAGCCUCUGCAUCGUAUGUGGUGCGAGUACAUGCGCGACAUACUCGGCUUGAAGGAAAGCACACGAGCUUUCGUGGAUGCGAACUCAGCUGGGCCGUUACUGGUCAGCGCAGACUAUCAUGGCGCACUGGUCGAGGUCGUGCGAAGCAGAUGUGACAGCAGGGUUGGUAGGAGAGGUAUCGUGGUCAAGGACACGAAGUUUACGUUCGAGGUCGUGACGCAGCAGGACGAAUUGAAGAUCCUGCCGAAGGAGCACUCGAUCUUCAGGUUUGAGAUACCGUUUGAGGAUGCUGCGGAAGGUGCGGUACAGCCUAGGCCGCUGGUGUUCGAAAUCCAUGGCAGUCAAUUCGAGAACAGGGCGCCGGAUCGAGCGAAUAAGAAGGUGAAAGCACACUUCAGCCCUGAUUUAUAUCUCGGCUUGCUUCAAACUCGAGAAUGCGAUGGCGAGGUUUCGAUCGGGAUGGAUCAGGCCCCGAUCGAGUUCUGA